AUGAAACAACAUAUAAGCGUGAAUUUAGUUCAAAAAAAACCAGUAGUAAUUGUUGAAGGUGCACCACCUGAACAACGAUUUUUAGUUGGUUGUCCAUUUAAUUUAGCUGAUCCUGUAGGUGAAACAAUAUAUACAAUGGAUUUUUCUCGUACAAACCCUGUUCCAAAACAACAACCUUAUUUUCAGAGUACAAGUACAAUUGAACGACCCGAUUCAAAACAACUUCCUUGUUGUCCUCGACGAUAUGAAACUUUAAAUGAUCC